AUGCUGCAAUACCUGAAGUGCAUGGUGCUGACCUGCCUUGCCUCUUAUCCCUUCGUGGCCGUCUUCAUCCAAGAAAGACGCAGCUCUGACUACAUGGCAUGCAGCAAGGAGGAAGCAUGCUGCUUUAUCAGGUAUUUUGGCACUUCUGAUCUGCCAGCAACCACUGCUGCUAACAUUGAACUGAGCUCUGCCAUCAUUGCAACCCCAGCCUUUCGAGGCCUUCAAUGGCUGCCUAUGUACGUGUCAGUCCGGAAUGGUGAGGACUUUCGUGCAGCUGCUCCACAAGUUUCAUUUGCCAAUUCAAUUCCAUUGCUAUAUGCCUGUCUUCCUGCGGCAUUUUCCUUCCCACUCGCCACAUCAGUGAGCCUUCCCAGCAACCGAAACGCAACAGACGCCUUUUGCGAGCAUCCCGCUACGCGUGAGGGAAUUCGCGAUCAUCUCAAAGUCAGUGUUUCUAGGCACUUAAGCCUAGCUUGCAUUGCCUCGUGGACCCUACUGAAGGUUGUUCAUGACUGGGCCUUGCUAUAUGGAGUGGAGGAAAGAGUGACUCUGAAAGUUGGGAUUGCAUCCUGGGCAUUUCAAUCCGCAGCUUGUAUCAGUGCCUUCUUGUGGGCUGCCGGUGCCUGUGAGGUGUUUGUCUCAACAAGCACUUCUGGCCCUGCAUGCUACUAUCAACUGCCGAAUGCUGCUGUUCUUCUGACCUUUGUUCCGGCAUGCCUCCUGCUCUACGCAACGCAUAGCAAGCUGAUCAGUCUGAUGCUCUCGGUUUUUCAUGGUGACUACCUGUACGCGGUCACAUAUGACGUUCCAUUCAGGAUAGUUCAUGCUACUGCUCCUUCGCAUCCAACGGGCUCUUUGCUGACAGUAGGCUUACAUGGUGAUGACGGUCUUCCUGAGGCUCCUCCGCCACAACUCUCUUGUGAACAAAAGUGCGAACUCUAUCACCUGCUACGGACGGGGCGAGCUGUGUGGAUAUUUCUACAGCAUACUAUCAUUGCCACAGUUGCCAGUGGUCCGUUAUUUCGUAAGCUCAUGAGCGUUUCUGUGGAACAAGAAUGGUCUUUUCAUGUGAUGGGCGCAGCAAAAUGCUUCACCGUCCUUGCAGCCAUUGCUCCACUUGCCCUGUGCCUUCGCUUCUCCUACUCAGCAAACUUCUGGCGUCGUGCAGUUGCCCAGGGAGCACUCUGCGAUAUCCUUCGUGACAUGUCCCCGCUUUCCGACCUUUUUUGGUACCUUGGCAUGUGGCUGUGCGGGGUAGCUUCCACACUGCACGUGGCUCCACAGUUCUGGCAUGAUGGAGCCGACAUUCUGCAGGAAAGCUGGAUAUGGUCCUUUCACGGGAUUGCAGCUUUUGUGUUUGCCGUGCUCUUUCUGGAUUUUAUGGAUCGUAAAGUGCGCCUGCUUGGCGGCGUAUAUGACACCACAUGGCACAUCAGUGAAGUGUCCUGGGACAUGCUUGUGAACGACUUUCCUGAGUGGCAAGUCCAGAAAUUUCAACGAGCAGAUUAUGAUGUCUUAAUGCCAGCAGGUGACACAUCAGAUGAAGCCGAGAACGCCAGCAGCACCACCAGGGCUCCUGCUGUUAACUUGCUGGACUGUUGGAGCGCCUGA